AUGGACGAGUUGGACCGUCUAGCUGCUGAAAUUUGUAAAACCACAGACCAUGUCGACAUCCUGUUUGCCAAUGCCGGCGCAGACUGGGGCAAAAAGUUCGAUACCCACCCCGAGAAGAUGUUCUCGAAGGUUAUGGAUCUGAAUGUGAAGAGUGUAUUCUACAUCAUCCCGAGGUAA